AUGACAUCUAGACGGCCACAAGCUUCCCUGCAUUCACCAGUCAUCUUUUUAGAAUUCCUGCGUCUCAGCAUAGUUGUAUGCAGCAUCCCAGGGUUUCAGCAAUUUAGCAUCUUAGUGCUCAGCAUCCCAGCAUCUAGCAUUCCCGGAUUUCAGGGUCUUAGCAUCGUAUCAUUUAGCAUCCCGGUACCCUACCAUCUUAGCAUCCAGUAUCCCAUCAUCCCAGCAAUUAGUCAUCUCAGCAUCCCUUCAUUUCAGCAUGGAACAUCCAGCAUCCCAAGACCCCCAUCCUCCAGCAUUCAAUACCCCAGCAUCCCAGCAUCUCAGCACCCAACAUUCAACAUCCCAACACCCCAUCCUCUAACAUCUAGCACCGCAGCAUCCCGACAUCCACAAUCCCAGCAUCCCAACAUCCCAUCCUCCAACAUCCCAACUUCCGCGCAUCCCAACUUCCCCGCAUCCCAACUUCCCAACAUCCCAACUUCCCAACAUCCCAACUUCCCAACAUCCCAACUUCCCCGCAUCCCAACUUCCCAACAUCCCUAUCUUCCCCGCAUCCCAACUUCCCAGCAUCCCAACUUCCCAACAUCCCAACUUCCCCGCAUCCCUAUCUCCCCCGCAUCCCAGCAUCCCCGCAUCCCAGCCUCCCAGGACCCUCUCCUCUCCUUCCUUCGCUUCCCCGAGACAUCAGAUACCUGGGCUUGA